AUGAGCCUUUGGAACCGGGGAUGGCUUGCUAGUGGUCUCUUGGUCAUGGCUGUUGCUGUUGCUGCUGCUGCUGUUGCUGCUGCUGUUGCCGCCCUAUGUCCAAACCGUCAAAGAAGAAAACGUACCACUGCUACGACCACGACCACCGCCACGGCCCCGCCUCCCCCCGCGCCUCCGCCUACCACUAUUUUCCAGGGCGAUGGCACGGCGAAAAUAUUCUUGGAGGUGGCGGUCACGGUCUACACCGAUAAUGGAGGAGAUGUACUCGAAAUACCGGCGCAAGAAUAUUCGUCGGUCUAUCACAGAGAUGUCAGCUUUGGAAUCAGCUUUGAGAUCAUUCUGUCAGAAUGGUAA